AUGUCGCCGCUUAAAGUUCGCGAUUCCGCUUUAAAAGCAAUAAAACGCUAUUUGCAAUCGAGCAAAUCUGAUGAGCUUUCAGUCGACGUAGAGGUUGUAUCUACAUACUUACAGUUGUUGGAGGAACAAUGGGGACGGUUUUGUGAAGCCCAACAAGAGGUAGAGCUCUCGUGCGGCGAAGAAAACGUCGAGAUGGAGGAGCAAUCUCGCAUUCAAGGCGAGGAGUGGUAUGCUAUCGCCAAGGCGAAUUUCAAACGCCUUACUGCUCCGCUCAAGAUACCUACUCCUCAAGCCACUCAAACUACGCCAGCACCUGUGCCGCUUCCGAAGCUGCAGCUACCAUCAUUUAGUGGCGAUCCCACCGAAUGGCUCACCUUUCAUGACGCCUUUUGUUCGCUCGUCAAUUCCAAUGGCGAAGCACUGGAGUUGGUAAGCUGUUUAGCAGUGAGUGACAGCAACUACAGUGAGGCCUGGGACUUACUGACCUCACGCUACAAGGUCAUGCGGGUCAUAGUAGACAGCCAUAUAAAAGCUUUAACGUCGAAUGAAAAAGCAGCAAAGGACUCUGCUAAGGCCAUCAAACAUGUGCUUAAUUUAACCUUGCAGCAUGUUGGGGCGCUACGUGCACUCGGGCGGCCGGUUGAGUUUUGGGAUGACUGGCUUGUCCACCUAACCGUGUCGAAAUUAGCAUACGAGACUCGCAAGCAAUGGGAGUUAUCGCUUGUAGCCGACGAUUUGCCGACAUUCGCCGCGCCACGUGACUUUCUCGAAACUCGAACGCGGUCUUUGGAAAUGGUGCCAGCAGUUCCUCACAACGCAAGGACAACCGCAAAGAACGUUCUUCAUACAACGUGCGGCCAAACCGAACCACAGAGUCAGGCAUCGUCAGAUAGCGCUAAAGCAGCUGCCUGUACGUACUGCAAAGGUGAGCACAGAAUAUAUUCCUGUUCGAAAUUCAGUCAGCUCGACGCAAAGCCCAAGCUAACAACCAUAAAGGCUCAAGGUGCCUCCUUAAACUGCCUUAGUAAGGGCAUGUCAUCACAAAAUCUCGCAGUCCAUCAUCAUGUCGCAUAUGCCAACGUCGACAUCACUCGCUACUGCACGCUAGCUUUAACAACCAAACCGGACAAACCGUAA